GGACGGGAUGGACGGGACAGACAGUGUGAACAGGACAGACGGUACGGGGGCGAUGGGCGGGAGCAGCCGCGGGGCCGCGCUCAGCACCCGGGAGAGCUCCGCGCUCAGCGCGCAUGCCCCGCCCCGCCGGCGCGGAUAAAAGCGCGGCGCGGAGCCGAGCGGCGCCAGCCGUGUCAUCGGUGCAGUGUGCUUCGCCGCCGCUCCGGCAGCCCGCCGGCGCCGCUGCUGCUGCUCAGCGUCUGGGGAAAAAACUCCCGCUUAUCCGUCUCCCACCCUAGUAUGGGAUGGGCGAGCCCUGCGAGCGCGGUGCCUGCUCGCCAGCCGCUGGCUUAAAGGAAGGAGCCGACCGGGAGCCCUGGGACGCGCCGCUGGGUUUCCUGGAGGGCGCUCAGAUGRACAACGGGAGUAACGUGUCCUUCCUGCAGUUCUUGAAGAACAUCAACCUGGAGCGAGCCGACGGGAUGCAGGGGGACAGCUCUGAUGUGGUGCGGAUUGUCAUCUCGCUGGUGUACUCCGUGGUGUGCGCCCUGGGACUGGUGGGCAACCUGCUGGUGCUCUACCUGAUGAAAAGCAAGCAAGCCUGGAGGAAAUCCUCCAUCAACCUCUUUGUGACCAGCCUGGCUGUGACUGACUUUCAAUUCGUGCUGACCUUGCCGUUCUGGGCCGUCGAGAACGCUCUGGACUUCAACUGGCUCUUCGGCAAGGCGAUGUGUAAGAUCGUCUCGUAUGUGACAGCAAUGAAUAUGUAUGCCAGCGUGUUCUUUCUCACUGCCAUGAGCGUGGCUCGAUAUCGCUCUGUGGCUUCAGCCUUGAAGCAUCAGCGUCGAGGAGACCCACUGAGUGGCUGCUGCUCUGCCAAGUGGCUUUGUGCUCUCAUCUGGCUGUCAGCUGUCCUGGCUUCCCUGCCCCACGCUAUUUUUUCCACCACUGCCCCUGUCUUUAAUGAUGUUCUCUGCCUUGUCAAGUUCCCGGAAGGCCGAGGCAACAAUGCCCAGUUCUGGCUGGGUCUGUACCACAUCCAGAAGGUGCUGCUGGGUUUCGUGGUACCGCUGAUCGUCAUAAGUGUGUGCUACUUGCGCCUGGUGCGCUUCAUCAGCGACAGGCACGUGGGCAGCACCUGCAGCGGCCCCAGCAUCCGGCGCCGCUCCAAAGUGACUCGGUCAGUGUCCAUCGUGGUGUUGUCCUUCUUCCUGUGCUGGCUGCCCAACCAAGCACUUACAACCUGGGGGAUACUCAUCAAACUCAACGUGGUGCACUUCAGUAACGAGUACUUUCUCUCCCAAGUGUACCUGUUCCCCAUCAGCGUGUGCCUGGCACACUCCAACAGCUGCCUCAACCCCAUCCUCUACUGCCUCAUGCGCAGGGAGUUCCGCAAGGCGCUCAAGAACCUCCUCUGGAGGAUCACCUCGCCGUCCCUCACCACCAUGCGCCCUUUCACUGACACCACCAAGCCUGAGAAGGAGGAGCAAGCCCUGCACGCCGUGAUGCCCGUGCGCCCUGUGGCUGCUGCUCGCCCCGCCGCGGCCGUGCAGGCGGAGGUGGCCUAUUACCCGCCCGGGGUGGUGAUGUACAGCAGCCGCUACGACCUGCUGCCCGCCGGCUCCGCCGAGCAGCGCUGCUGAGACGGCAGCGGGCUCUGGGGSUGCCACUGUGCCCCGUGUGGCCUGGGGAUAUCGAAUGCCUGGUCAGGACAAGGGGAGGAGGGAUGAGUGAAGGAGGACUUGCGUGUGACAGAUGCUCUUUUGCGGUUUUGUCUGCCCUCGGAGACACUUGGAAGCUGGAGGAUGCACCCUGAGCUGGAGAGCACGACUAGAAGGAGGUAGUGCUAGGGUGUCUCUAUAGGGUGCUUUUUAGUGCUUGUAGCAAUUCUGGGGGACAAGAACUGAGGGUGAUGGGAUUCCAGCCAGGGGGGAUGCAGGAUUUGCACAGUACCGUGGGAAGGAGAGGGGCUGGCUGGGGCGGAGUGAGGCUGGGAGGCGUCAGCUGUGUCCCCUCAAGCCAGAGCCCUCCCACCCCGCGUGUCCGUGCAGGCAGGGACGGGCAGCCGAGUGCUUUUUCAGCUGCCGGACCCUGCAGAUGGUGYCGGUGUGAUUGGUCACUGCUCCCUGGCUCCAGCGAGGGCGCAGGGAUCGAUCAGACAGMCUCUGCUCCAUCCCAAACCUGCCCGGAGGGCAGCACCCAGAACGGGUAGGUACCAAACCCCUGCUUGUUCAGGCUGGUCCCUUUCCCCUCUUUUCGGUACUUAGGAAAGAGAGGGGACAAGGAACACUGUUCUGCCCUCCAGAUUUGAGCAGGAUCAGCUUUUCUAGCUACCCCUACCCUGGCAGCUGCUGCCAGGAUAUUGAGCAGCCCAGAGAGCCAAGGAGAAACCCAAGGACAGAAUUUGCAGCUUCGUGGGGAGGUGUUGCUUUGCCGGGAUUUGGAGGCAGGGUGUGAUCCCCCUAACACUGUUCUCCAGCCUCUCUCCAGGCCACUGAGAGGAAAGGAAACCUCACAGCCCCAGACCAUGUGGAGCAAGACAGCAUCUCUCUCAGGGCACUGAAGUUGAAGGCUUAAUUUUUACUGCACUUCAGACUACCUGUUCAUAUUUCACUUCGGGAAAUCAGCACAAUUGUAAAUAAAACUAAAAAAAAAAAAAAAAAAAAAAAA